AUGUUUUGUUUUUGUUUUUUUCGUUAUUUUUACAUCUAUCUCUUUAUUUAUCCACCUCCUUCCUCCCUUUCUCUUUCCUUCUCUUUCUCUAUCUUUCCCUUUCUCUUUCGUUUUAUCACUUUGACCAUUCACCCAUCUCUUUCUCUUUCUUUUUUUCUUUCUUUUCCUUUCCUUCUCGCUUUUUCUUUAUCCAUAUAUCUUUUUUUCUCUCUUUUAAUCUGUCACUCGAAAUACGUCACUUUCUCUUUCUUUCUCUCUAUCCUUCUCUCUAUCAUUCUUUUUGUCUCUUUGUCCACCCUCUCUCGCUUUUUAUCUAUCUAUCUAUCUAUCUAUCUAUCUAUCUAUCUAUCUAUCUAUCUAUCGCUAUCUGUUCGUAUUUAUUUAUCCACCAAUCUAUCUAUCUAUCGCUGUCUGUUCGUAUUUAUUUAUCCACCAAUCUAUCUAUAUAUCUCAUUCCCUCCCUCCCCCUCCCUCCCUAUCUAUCUAUCUAUCUAUCUAUCUAUCUAUCUAUCUAUCUAUCUAUCUAUCUAUCUAUCUAUCUAUGUAUUUCUCCUGUUUAAUUUCUUUUUGUCUACAUUUAUUUCUUAUUAUUUCUUUCCUUCCUUUUUCCUUCCUUCUUUCCUUACUUUCUUUUCCUCUGUUUCUCUUUAUCUAUUUGUAUAUAUCUAUUCAUCUUUCUCUCUCUCUCUCUCUCUCUCUCUCCAUUUGCCUCAUUUCUCUCUCUCUCUCUCUCUCUCUCUUUCUGUCUGUGUGUGUAUGUGUAUAUUUCCAUCUUUCUCUUAA